CAGGAGCACCAGAGCACAUGCUUGAUCCUGUGUUGAAGAUAUAAAGCGUGGACGUGCACCCGUCUUAAUGUGGCACUUGCUUUCCUAUCCUUCCCUCACCUCCCUCACCCCUGGCUUCCUGUCACCUCCUUACCCCCUCUUUUCUUCAUCCGUGUCUAGCUCUCCAUCGAGUCCUCCUUGAUACUCCCAGCAUCCCGCGAUAUCUCCGUCACCAGCGAUCCAGUCUGCCAUUGCACCAGCCACACCGUCAUGCCACUGUCCUCAUUCGAACGCAACUCGUCUUACUCUCCACUCCAGCACAUGUCCGGCCCCGAGUCUCCAGAACCGUAUGUGACACAACAUCAGCAGCGCAAUGAUCAGUACUCGGUCUCGCCACCUCCAGUCUCUCAGCAUUACCCAAGACCCCAUCCACAGGACAAUGCUGAAUACAACCCAACAUCCCCUGCCCCACAACGGCGGCCAUCUUAUCCAGUAUACCACGGGGCUUCACGUCAUGAUCCCUAUGAACAAGCCUCGCACACUGUGGACACCCUGCCAGAUGUCUAUGGGCACCACAGGAGUCAGUCAUACCACGGCCCCACCCCUGAUAUUCGACAUGUAUCUCAACCAUCAUCAUCCGACACAUUCCCUGCGUACUAUGCUCAUCAGCGUUUCCCAGAUCCAAACUCCCACCAUGAGCAGAUGUCAAGGAACCGUCAGCAGUUGCCGCCGUCUCGAAGAUCGUUCGCAGAGGAGACUUCGCAUUAUGGUCAAGAAAUACCACACACGUUCCAGGGCAGGCAGCGAAGCCAGAGCAGUGUAGGACCAAUUUCAACAUUCCAUUAUCAAGACUCUUCUUCAGGAUCAAUUUUGCCGCCCUCACGGUCCUCACAAUCGCCACACUCUCUAAGCUCACCGCCUCCACAGCCUCACUCGCGAUCACCCCAGACCCCGCCGCUGACACCUUCGCCGAGAGAGUACAGUGGCCGGGCGCAGAACCAUCAACCUCACCAAUACCCCUCUCGUCCAACAAGAUCGACUAGCGGCAGAGUGGUGCACAAGACUUCUACACGUGAAUCGACCGUGGCACCGAACCGAAGAAUGGCCCAUAUUCUCUCUGAACAGAAGCGGCGAGAAAAGAUCAACGGCGGUUUUGAUGAACUCAAGAGUGUCAUCCCCGACUGUGCACAGAACACGGAUUCAAAAGCAACUAUUCUGCGAAAAGCCGUGUCAUACAUUCUAAUGCUUGAAGACGAACUGCGAAAGUACACCGGCACAUACGAUCAACCUAUCGGCCACCCGGAGCCCUUACAUAGCGACCAUGGACACGAGCAAUAA